UGGAACGACAGCGACUGCGUUCUAAAACUACAACUCCACCAUUUGUUACGGACUCAACAGUGCUUGCAUCAGCGUGUGGUGACACGAGUGGCCGGCAAAGUUACGAAUACAAGCUGCCUACUUGUUUUAAAGUGCAGCUCUUGCCAUCGUCAAAGCUAUUCAUCGGUUCCAACAUAGCUACCAAAUGAAGCUCUUCGUAAGUGAGGGAAACCCGCAGUGCCUGAAGGUGUUAUGUGCGUUAGAGGUGACUGGAGUCCAGUGUGACGUCCACUAUGUCAACCACGAAGAGAGAGUAGUGCCCUUCCUGAGCCGUCCAGCUUUGCCAGCCCUGCUCUUGCCCAGUGGACGGCACCUUUUCAGCCCUAAUGCCAUAUGCCGAUACAUAUUUGAAGUAAAUGGACAAGAAUCCAGUGACCUUUGCAACCAGUGGCUUGAAUGGGAGGCCACACAUCUUCAGCCUGCACUGGCAGAGGCACUUCACAUGGCAGUUCUGCAGGGAAAAGGAUCAGAAGUGUCCCAGGUCCUCCAGGGGCCCUUAAACUUCUUGGACCAAAGCUUGAACAAUGGGAACACACCAUAUUUAAUUGGGGAAGCUGUAUCAGUUGCUGAUGUUGUUUUGUGGGCUGCCCUGUGUCCUGUUUUAUCUGACUCUUCACUAGUUUUGGGCAAACACAAGUCUGUGAAGGCUUGGUUUGAUCAUGUAGCUGCUAUGCACAGUUGCCAGUCUGCUGCUCAGAAAGUACUGCAGGGGAAAGGCCUGCAGGGCAUGAAGAGCUACAUGCAGAGGCAGCCUGCCCCUCAAAGUAGCCAGUGCAGAGACACACAGCCAUGCAACAGCAGCCCUGCUGAGUGUGGAGAGGAAGAGGGAGAGCGUGUGGUUUCUGAAGAGGACAUGAACGCAGCUGCCCUCAAGUGGAGCAAAGGUUUGAAUGCUGACCCACUGUCUAAGGAAAAACAACACCCUAUUUUGCCACAGGAGGGCAAGCGAAACAUCCUGGUGACCAGUGCCUUGCCAUAUGUCAAUAAUGUUCCCCACCUGGGGAACAUCAUUGGCUGUGUCCUCAGUGCUGAUGUCUUUUCCAGGUAUGGCCGGCUGCGAGGCUGGAACCUGCUGUAUGUAUGUGGCACAGACGAGUAUGGAACAGCUACAGAGAACAAGGCCAGAGAGGAGGGCAUGACACCGCAGCAGAUCUGUGACAAAUACCAUGUCAUUCACUCCAGCAUCUAUAAGUGGUUCCAGAUUGACUUUGACUUUUUUGGUAGAACCACCACAGAGAAGCAGACAGAAAUAGCCCAGGAUAUUUUCUGGCGACUCCACAACCAUGGUUUCCUAGUGGAAGAUACGGUGGAACAACUACGUUGUGAGAACUGUCAGCGUUUCCUGGCCGAUCGCUUCGUAGAAGGCACCUGUCCUCACUGCAGCUACCCAGAAGCUCGUGGUGAUCAGUGUGACAAGUGUGGGCGCCUCAUCAAUGCUGUGGAGCUCAGGGAACCCCAGUGUAAAGUCUGCAGGCAGAUUCCUGUCAUCCGCUCCUCCAAACAUCUUUUCCUGGAUCUGCCAAAGCUAGAGACUCAGCUGAAGCAGUGGCUGGAUACAUCGACCAGCACAGGACACUGGACAGCAAAUGCCAAACAGAUCACUCGUUCGUGGCUGAGAGAUGGACUCAAGCCUCGCUGCAUCACGAGGGACCUGCAGUGGGGAACGCCAGUACCUCACCCUGACUUUAAAGAGAAGGUGUUCUAUGUGUGGUUUGAUGCCCCCAUUGGUUAUUUGUCCAUUACUGCCAAGUACACAGACAAGUGGGAAAAGUGGUGGAAGAAUCCUCAGCAGGUGGAGCUGUACAACUUCAUGGCCAAAGACAAUGUGCCAUUCCACAGCGUGGUGUUCCCCUGCUCUCUACUGGGAGCUCAAGACAACUACACUCUGGUCAGCCACCUGGUUGCCACUGAAUAUCUGAAUUAUGAGGACACAAAGUUCUCCAAGAGCCGUGGCGUGGGUGUGUUUGGAGACAUGGCGAUGGACACAGACAUCCCGUCUGAUGUGUGGCGCUUCUACCUGCUGUAUGUGCGCCCAGAGGGACAGGAUUCAGCCUUCUCCUGGGCUGACAUGGCUAUGAAGAACAACUCUGAGUUACUCAACAACUUGGGCAAUUUCAUCAACAGAGCUGCCAUGUUUGUCACUAAAUUCUUUGAGGGCUGCGUUCCUGCAGUGGAGCUACAGCAAGAAGAUAAGAAGCUCCUGGCUCUGGUGGGCUGGGAGCUGCAGCAAUACAUCCAGCUCAUGGACAAAGUCAAAAUCCGUGAUGCUCUGAAACACAUCCUGAACAUCUCUCGCCAUGGCAACCAGUACAUUCAAGUCAACGAACCUUGGAAGAAGAUCAAGGGAGUAGGCACAGAAAGGCAGCGUGCAGGCACAGUGACUGGAGUCUCUGUGAAUAUCGCCUGCUUGUUGUCAGUGAUGCUGUUGCCUUAUAUGCCGACGGUCAGCCAGACCAUCAGGGAUCAACUUCAUGCCCCUCAGUCUUGCGUCAGUACCAUGUUGCAAGGCACUGGCACCUUUGUCUGUGCCCUAAAAGCCGGCCACCGCAUUGGCACUGUCACUCCGUUAUUCCAGAAACUGGAGACAGACCAGAUUGAGGCUUUGAAGAAGAGAUUUGGUGGACAGCAGUAUGAAGAUGAACCACCUAAAGAAAAGAAGACAGCUCAAAAUGCUGCCACUGUGCCAGCUCCCGCUGCUCCUGCUGCUGAGGUGGCGAUGGUGAACGGAGUGGACCCAGAAAAAGCCAAGCGGCUCACACAGGCUGUGGCUGAACAGGGGGACAAAGUGCGAGCACUGAAAGCCCAGAAGGCAGAGAAGGCGGUGGUCACAGCAGAGGUGGCCAAACUGUUGGACCUUAAGAAACAGCUGGCUCUGGCUGAGGGGAAGAGCCCUGAGCCUGCACCUCAGAAGGGAAAGAAGAAGUGAGAAGAAAACAAAAGGGAAAUCAAAAAUGAUGGAAGUUAGUCAGAGGAAGGAAUAAUCAGAAUGGUUUGAGGUAAGAUAGUGGAGAAUGGGAACAAGAUAUACACAGAGAGAUGAGAGUAUUAGCUUAAGGCAAAUCCGUGACAGGAUCUAAGACAAUGUGGUAUUGGCACUGAGGACUAAUGAAAUGUUGGAUAGGCCGACGGGGAAAUGAAAACACAAAGAGAGAGUCAAAUGAAUACAGCUACAGAAUGGAGGGAUUUCCCCCCAAAUCCCUACACCAAAAGAAACUGAUUUUAUACUCCCAGUGAAAAAGUCGGCAUACAUUGCCAGCAUUAGAAGAUAUGUUGUGCAUUUAAAGAUGUUUUUAAAUAUAUAUGUCUGGAAAAUGUUUUUUUGCAUUUGCUAUAAAUACCCUUUCUGGAUCCAAAAGAUUAAUUGGUUGAGAUAGAAAUUGUCUGUGCUCUGCACUUUUCUAAAAUACCUCUGAUUUAUACUAUUUAAUACAAAAUUGUCAUUGAAAAGGCAAACAAAUAAACAUUACAUGACACAAA